CUAUCUAUCAAUCAAUCUGUCCCCACAGCCAACCAUGGCGCAGCAGAAGCCCACACCUUAGCUUUUUUGCCCCUCUUUUUCUUUUUGGCAAGGGGAAGAAAUAAGAUGCCUGCGGGCGCGGCAAGAGAGGACCCUCAGCAACGGCAAGAGAGGACCCUCAGCAACGUAGCCGAACCGAUAACUAGCAGGGACCAAGCAAAUUAGAGAUGGUCAUUGAUGGGGCUUGACAAAUGCCAACCUAGAAGUACCAUGGUACUAUGGAAGGAGCAAUCAAAAGUGCAGAAGAGAAAAGGGUUGGUUAGGUCACAUCAGUUUUUUGCACAAAACCAGGAAAGACAACUAGUGUGGUCCUAACCCUUCAUUUCAAGCUUUCACACCACCACCACCAUGCUUUUCAGCACUUCUUAAUUACUCAUCUACUUGCACUUUAUUUGUUCCAUCUCU